AUGGCGUUGCAGAAUUCGCCGUGGGUCUUGCAUUCGCCUUGCCCUUCCAAGUUGGGGCUUCUUCCCACGAGCUCGGCUUCUCGGAUGCCGUGCCGGCCUGCUGUUGCAGCGCAGCUUGAUUUGCUGCGAACAAGGGGGGCCAAUAAUCUCUGGGUAGCAGGGUUCCCUUCUUCCUCUUCUUCGUCGUCCAGGAGAGAUCUGCUGCGUCUGGUUCCGCCGGUGAGAUGCAGCGUGGAUGUACUGGCGCCGACGGUGGGGACGGUAACAGAGGUGGAUAUUGAUACUUUUUGGCCUCUUGUCAAAGGGGCGGGCGACAAGAUCGUCGUGCUUGACAUGUACACCCAGUGGUGAGUUACUCUCUCUCUCUCUCUCUCUCUCUCUCUCUCUCUCUCUGUGAAACACAUUACUACGGGUAGUGGUAAAUUUCUUCAAAUCCCGGACAUGUCUGGAAAGAGAAAUGCAGAGUGGUUCUUGAGGAAGGAAAAAACGAGAUGGAAAGCACAUUUCUGUCCAAGUUCUCCCCCUCGGAAAAUAGAGUUCGACUGGAAGAUGAAGAACGAUCGCAAAUGUCUCUGUGAGUUUACAUCAGAGACAUGCCAUCCAGUGUUGAAGCCCACCAUCAGUUUUUCCUGGAGCAAGAGAGGACACAAGAAUGUCAUUCCGGUGGAGUGUUGACAGAAGAAUGACAACGAUGUUGUGCUCUGUCCUAUGAGAUCGGUGUAGACACAGACAGAGACAUUGAAUGAAGGGAGUUCUGUCCUAUGACGAUUUUUAUGUAGCUCCUUUUACAAUGCCGAAUGAUGCACAAAAGUGCUUCUUUCUGGUCUGUGGUAUUGGGACCUUCGAAUGAAGUUCUUACAUGUCAGGGUGAGGGACACAGAGAGAUGAGCGUACAAGGGUCCAGAUUUUAUGGUGGAAGAAAAAUAGCAACGUAGAUCCGAAGGUCCUUCUUCCACUAUCAUUAAAAAUCCAAUUUUUUUUAAUCCAGCAUUUCGCUGGUUUCGCUUUCCUAUUGGUCCUGUUAGUCCUUCAGUGUUAUGACUUUUGGUGGUCUAAGAAUGGAUUGCUGUAUCGUUAUUUAUUAUCUCACACUGGUACAAGUGCUUGGACUUAGAUGAUUGAAAGAUGGUUCAUAUAUUGUGAUGUGUGAGGCUGUCUUAUGUAUCUUGUUAAUUUACGUGAUAAAGUUUUUUCUGAAGAAUUUCCGGAGCUGGUGAGGAAAGGAAUAUGAGUAUAGAAAAAUAUGCAUUUCGAGCUAAAUCAUAUAUAUCCCUCAGAAGGUCUAUGCGCCAUAGUCCUCAACCUCAUCAAGGUAGCCAGUUCUUCAGAAGAAUGUGAUGAUUUUCCUAACCAAGAUAGCGUGGUCCACUUGGUGAAGUGCCUGUCAGAAACUAGCUUGAGUAAUAAAUGAAAAACUCUACAAGAUUCUACUAGCUUUGGAUGCCAUAUUCUGGCUAGAUUUAUUUUUCGCAAAAUGCAGUUCUCAAAGAACUGGUGCACAUCAAAUUAUGGAAAGAGAAUGCAUGUGGUGUUUAGUCUACGAGGUGAUUUGUCCAUUUCAACUAAGAGACAGAAAAUUUUAGUGGGAUAGGCUUAGGAGAUUGUAGGAAAAGGACCUAAAACAGAAUUACCCUUCAACAAAAACUCUAUUAACUUGCUCCCCUCAUCUUUGAAAGGUAUCAUAGCUCUCGUCAAUCCUUACUGUGAUCAAUUUGAUCUCGUCCUAGAUAUCCGUGGUUGAAAUUUAGUGGUUAGCGACAUUGUCUAAUUAUGCAUUAUUUUGGUUGAUAAAUUCCUCUGUAUCCAUAGGACUGUAGUAGAGUUGUCAAAUUGUUGUCUGGGAAAGGGAUACAAGUGACAUGUGAGGUGUUUUCGCCAUUCCAUUCAUGAGAUUUAGUCUCAUUCCCACGUAUUCAUUUCAUGCAACCUUUUUGAUAUUUCCUCUUUGUCUUUUUUUUCUUUCUUUUUUCUUUUUUUCUGUGUUCUGCUUUUGGUCACAGUAAUCAUUUCUAUUAUCGAAUAUGCUUUGUUGUGCAGGAAGAUAUACUUGAUAAUCCACGAAUAAUGUGUACUGGUACUAUAAGCCAUUUCAACUAAUGUAACGGUCUGCAAUUGCUUUUCACAUUCCUCAAAUAAACAAUACUUAUGUUUAGGAUUGGGAGAUGAAUGAAGUGGUAUGUCACCUAAUCAAUUCAAUAAUGGUAAAUUUUCCACUGCGGACUAUUUGUUUACAUCUAAGAUGCUCAUCUAGCCCAUUACUUACUAAGGAUAACUUCAGAUUGUGAACCGUUCAUUUCAAAAUUUCUGUUUGUUUUUUAUUCUGUGUUCAGGGCAAGUUAUGAGUUGAGUGCUGGUACAUUUUUGUAUCUUAAUCUGCUUUCUUUAUUAAAGUUCAUGCCAAUGAUAAUAAAGUGUUUCUUUAUGUCAAAUCCUGUGAGUGAUCCAAUGAAUGCUGUUCCAGAUUCUCAUCCAUGGGUUCAUUAGCGCUCCAUGGAUAUGUGAUGUUUUCUUGUUAUCCAGUAAAUUAUUUUGAUUCUUACUAAAUAUGGAGUGACAAAGAGAUGAUGUGCACCCAUUGAACACUGAAAACUCAGUAAGGUGGAAUUGUGAAUAAGUUGUCAUGGCCCCUAGCAUGCUGACGGGUAGCUUUGGUUAGCACAGGGAAGGUAUAAUGAAGUUCGUUCAAUAGAUUUAAUAGAAUCUCGAACUAACGUUUGCUGCUGAUGAUGUGGUUAAAGAUGAGGAUAUUCUAGCAGUGGACUUGUGUCACCAAAACUUCAUGAAACAAGGAUUCUUUGAUUCGAUUUUCUCAGAGAUUUCUGGUUCUCUUAUCAUGCACUUUGUCUAUGAUAGCGUAGGAUUUGUUAAAAUGAUUUUGCAAAGAUUCUAGACUUUUUUCUCCAUCAAAUGCUCCCUCAAGGAGGUUGUACAAUUGCUUGGUAUUUCUGAUCUACCUUUUAUUUGCACUUAUUCGCAUGAUACUUGAGUAUAAUAAUCUUCUGAAUAAUUUCGCCGGUUAUAGUUCCCUAAUUACAUCUCUUUCUAAAAGAAAAGGUGUGGGAGGAGUCUCUCCGACUUAGUCUAGAGAGGGGAUGGACUGACCAGUCCCAGUUGACCUCUCCAUCUUAUUCAGAGAAUAUAGAUGAUGACUCUUCCAUUCUGCUCUAACAUUUGUGAAUGCUUGGAAUGGAAACAGACAGGAGCGUGAGCUGUGAGUGGGAGGAGAGCCAUAGCCGGUAGCCAUGUGAGGAAGGAUAGGAUAAAUGGGCUGAGGAAGAAGGAAGACAGAGGAAAGCAGUCUCUCUCACAUAUAAAUGCAGAGUGCGACAACGAAUGCAGAGGCUGACUUAGCCCAUGAACAUACACAAUGGAUUGGAUUGACCGGACCUACUAAUGUGAAAUACUUCAACAGUAAGCUUUGGUGGGUUAGAAGUUUGUCAUUGAAGCUUUGCCAUUCCUUAUCAGUAGUUUUAUGCGAUAUUGUCCUGCAUAAUAUUGGACUUUUGUUUCCCGUCUCACUCUUUUAGUGGGAAACGUUGACCUUAGUUUCUACAAUGACAAUCGUGCUCUAUUUAGUGAUGUUCUCAUGAAAAGUUUUGAUCUUGUCAGAGAGUUUUUUAUUACUUUGUAAAGUCAAAAGUUUUAAUAAAGUCAAGUCUUAGGACUUUUCUUUUGCCUUUUUAAUUUUCCAUGGGAGCUGGCGUUUGGAAUCAAAAUAUGUCAUCUUAUGGGAUCCUUCUCAUGUCUGCUUCCUUGAAGCAGCAGGGUUAGCCCCCUUUCCUCCCCCCCCCCCAAAAAAAAAAUCCUCCCAUGAUCCAUGUUAAAUGAUAUUUCUUCAGAUUUUCAUCCGGUCUUCCUGUUAAGUUGAACUGGCCCUUGCAAGUGUAAUGGGCACGUAGGCCUUAACUGGAGGGGUUCAUCCAUCAGCUGUAGAUGUUUUCAGUCUAUUAUGGUUUUAUUACUAUGGGGAGAUUUCUCAAAUUUUUAUAUUUCAGGUAUUCUUGUCGUAGUAGUGAGCAGUCAAUAUCAUUCGUUUUCUUCGUCAUAUAUAUAAUUCAGAAUGUUCUCGUCCCCUUAUUCUUGUUGACCUAUCCCAGCAGCCAGCGGCUGGUACUGCUAGUAAAGCUGUUUCUACGUUUCAUUGGGUGGCCUUAGCACACGGAAUCCUCCUUAGCUACAACAACUAUGCCUCUCUUGGACACCCAUUUUCGACAUGGAAAAACGUCGGACAGCACCGCGAGCUGCACCUUGAGAAAUCUCAGCUGAUCGCCUUCUGAGGAGAAUCUUCUUGUAAUGCUCUUCUGCAGGUGUGGCCCUUGCAAGAUUAUAGCCCCAAGGUUCAAAGAGCUGUCGGAGAAAAACCUCGAUGUUGUUUUCCUCAAGCUCGACUGCAAUGAAAAGAACAAGGUUUGUCCCAGGGUCUCUCUCUCUCUCUCUCUCUCUCUCUUUCUCAUGCUUAAUCUUUUGUACACUACAACAUGGACUUGAUUGAGCUUAUUGGCAGCCUCUGGCCAAGGAACUGGGGAUAAAGGCGGUCCCAACCUUCAAGAUCUUCAAGGGAGGUGAGGUUGUCAAGGAGGUUCGGGGAGCCAAAUUUGAUGACCUGGUCCUCGCAAUCGAGACGACAAAGCAGAGCUAA